AUGUCAAUCACGACUUUCUCCCAAAGGCAAUUUGAAAGUUUUCCUGAUGAAAUUCUUUUACUUAUUUGUCGAUAUUUAUCCUCAACUGAAAUAAUUUAUUCAUUGAAUAAUUUAAACUAUCGAUUAACUCAAACAAUCAGUGAUUAUUAUCGUCGUGUUGUAUUAGGACAAGUUCCAUUUCAACGUUUCAAUUUUAUCUGUAGAUCAAUUUUACCUGAAAUUGGUUCACAUAUUCGUGUAUUGGUCAUCAGUAAUGAUUGGAAAGGUGUUCUUUCCAAUGUGUUUCUUCAAUAUUUUUCUGAUCGAAUGUCAGUUACAUUUCCGAAUGUCGAACGAAUUGUGUUAACAACAUUUGUCAUCGAUUCUCUCAUGACAUUUUUACCUUCUCUUCGUGAUUUACUAAGUUUUUCUCAAUUGAAAAUAUCAAGUUUAUAUGAAAUCAGUGUGGGUUCUACAUCCCGAGAUGUUUUAUUACGAACGAUUUUCGAUACGAAUAAUUGUCGUUUGAAAUCGAUUACAUUCGAUGAUGAUUGUUUAGAUUUUACUUAUGAAAAUCAUCUUGUUGAUUUAAUUUAUCCAAAUCUGACAAAAUUAGUCAUUCAACUGGCAAACCUCAAUGAUUUACAUAAACUUUUAUCUUGUUUAUCUCAACUUGAAGAUCUUGACGUGGAAAUCAAUAACGAAGGAACUGAACUUGAUGAGAAUCUUUCAUUAAAUUCAGUUUUUACUUUGAAAUACUUUUGUUUACGUUCGUUACUUUAUUCUUGGACAUUCGAUGAGUUGAUUUCAAUCUUCAAACGCAUUCCGAACGUCGAACAAUUGAAGAUUCAAAUUGGUACGAAUAAUGAUGUUAAUCUUAUUCACGGAAAAGAACUUUCCACUUAUCUUUCGAACUUUUCCUUGAAAAACUUCUCGUAUUUUCUUCAAAUUGUUGAUGUUUAUUUAGCAAAUACGACAAAAAUCGUCUCGACAUGGAAAAACCAAUUUCCUCAAGACUUUUUUUGUAUUCAAAGUGAAGAUGAAGAAAGUCUAAUGAUCUAUUCUUUACCUUUCUCUUGUCCUUAUCUGAUUCUUCGAUGCUCUGUUGCGAAAAAUCCCAUUUUCGUUUCACAUUUUGGAACGAAUGUCAAAUGUUUAACUUUGUAUGAAGUUUCCUCGCGAAUAGUCGAAGUUUUUCCAAUCAUUGUCCAAUGUCGUCGAAUGCAAUCCUUAGUUUUGCAAGUAACUCGAACGGAUGUUCCGAAAUCUUUAAAAGAAAUUUCACUUCGGAAAAUGCCUUCGUUAACAUUCUUUGUUUGUCUUCAACGAUAUCCGAUAAAUACAGAUGAUUUCAUGAAAUUACUUGAAUCUUCUCCAAAUUUAUACCAUUUCGCACUAAAUUAUGAAGUCAUUCGUCCAUUUCUCAACAUUAAAAAUCUUUGUGAUCUGUUGGGACAACGUCUGACUGAUUUAUUGAUUGGUAUUACAACAAAUAUUGAUUCUGAAUCGCUAAAUACUUUGGUGACACGUCUUGCAAGUGCCUUUCCAUCAUUACGACAUCUCUAUUUCCAUUUUAAAGAUGAUACUCUUCCAGUUGAAUCGUUAAUUUUAACAAUUUGUACAAAUUUAUUCCAAUGGAAACGUUUAAUUUCCUUUGGUAUCGCCAAUAUUCAAUUGAAUGCUACGAUUUUAUCCAAAGGACUUCGUCAAUGGUUAUUAGAUAAUUCAAAUUUACCUGCGGAUGAUUCAUUUCUCACGGACUAUAGUGCCAAAACAUUUCGACUUUGGUUAGAACAUUUACAAGAAGUGAUUUCUCUUCUGUCGAAUGAACCGAAAAAUGCCUCGUUGCCAUUGAAUGAAAAUAAAGAAGAAAUCGAAUCAGAUUUAACUUAUCCAACUAAAAUGACGACGAAUGUGAUUGAUAUCAUCGAUCCGAUCGAUUAUGAAGAGUAUAUCGAUGAACAUCGACAAAAGAUCGAAAACGAUCCAUUAAGACAUUUAUUAGAAUAUCCCAAUGAUGAUAUUGAUUUUGUUCGAAUUGAACGGCAAUAUCGAACGAUAAUUCCCGUUAUUCCGGAAAAAGAAGCAUUAACCGAUCCACAUAUUCGCGAUUGUUUACAAAGUUUCAAUGGUGAACAUUUUUAUCUUCGUCGAAAUUAUAAUCAUUAUGGUAGUGCAAUAACCUUGUUAAAUGUUCGUCAAGAGCAAAUGCAAGCGUUGAAACAGAUUCCGAAACAAGAUUAUGAAGUUGAUAUCAUCGAUGACAAUCGACAAACAUUGAUCGAUCAAGAAAGAGAUAGUCCGAGGAAAUUGCCGAUUAGCGAUUCGGCGAUGAAUCCGAUGAAAAGUAGUUGGGCUAUGGCGAAAGAUGAUUUGGAUAAAACGGAACCAGAUACGAUUAUGCCUCAUUUGAUUGAAAGAAUUCCAAUUGAAAGUGUUGAUAAAGAAAAUGAAUUGCUACGAGGAAAAAAUCGUUAUUCGAAGUUGUUCAGUUCAUAUCCACCCCAAGCAGAUAGCGAUUGUAUUGAAUAUCGACCACCAUCGGAACCACUUCAACCUUAUACAACAUUCAAAUUGCAAGUCAAAUGUUUAGAUUUCAAAUUUGAACCAGAAAUCGAACCAAUGUUUAUCACGUUGUCCUUAUACGAUUUGAAAGAGCGAAAAAAAAUUUCGGAAAAUUUUCAUUUUGAUUUAAAUUCUGAUGCAUUAAAACAAAUGAUUCAUCUUCGACCAGCCGUUGAUGGUUCAACAUUAAGUCUCUCUGCAAUAUUUCCAAUUUCAUUUCCAUCACCAGACAUCUAUCUAAUCAUUCGAAUCGAAAAAGUUUUACAACAAGGUGACCUAUCCGAUUGUGCUGAACCUUAUAUGAAACAAGAUUUGAAGAAUCAACAACGAUAUCACGAACAAGCAAUUCAAUUUUGUCAACGUCUUGGUCGUUUUCGAAUGCCAUUUGCUUGGACAGCGAUUAGUUUACGUGAUAUUCUCAAAGAGAUCGAACAAGAAACAAUGAUUUCCAGUCAUUCGAGUACUUUACCUCCCAACUCGGAAUUGAUCAAUUCUACUGCAAAAGCUUCGAGUCUUGAACGUAAAAGUUUAGGAGCGGGAGGCCUUCGAAAUGCUUAUGAGAGUUUUCGGCGUUCGCGUGAUGAAAGUUUAACACGAAACAGCUCAAAACGAAGUGACGAUCGACAAAUUCCUCCAACAUCUCCAACUACCACGUCGACCAACGCAACUCUUUUAUCAACAACUGAUGAAUUCUUUCAUAUUUUAGCCAAUUUCGAUCGACCAAUUCUCCUCACAUUGAAAGGAGUUUACAAACAAGAAAGUGAACGCCUGAGUGAUGAAGAUAUUUUCAAAUUUCUCACUGAUUUUCGCAAACCACCAACAUUAGCAAAGAAACCGAAGACAAUUCCAGCAUUCAUUCGUUUCGAAUUCAACCAAAUUCAUCCUGGCGAUACUGUUGAUUGUUGUCUUGAUGCUCAAUUAAAUCGUCUAAAACCUUAUACAGACGAUACAAAACGUCCAAUCAAAGAAUUACUUGAAUUUCCUCCACGUGAAAUCUAUUUACCUCAUACAUCUUAUCGAAAUCUUCUUUAUAUUUAUCCAUUGUCAGUCAAUUUAUCAAAUUUAACAACACGUGGUUCGACAUCAGCGAGAAAUAUCGCCGUGAAAAUUCAAUUAAUGGGAGGAGAAGAAGAAAUCUUCGCUUUACCAUUAAUCUUCGGCAAAUCAUCUGGACAAGAAAUGGUCAAAGAAAUUUAUUCACCAGUUUUAUAUCAUUCGAAAUCUCCAUCGUUUUAUGAUGAAGUGAAACUUCGUCUUCCAGCUGUUCUCGAUGAAAAUCAUCAUCUAUUCUUUACUUUUUCACACAUUAGUUGUCAGCCGAAAGAAAACGCACCGGUCGAAACUCCGAUUAGUUAUACGUGGCUUCCAUUAUUGAAUAAUAACCAACUUAUUCAUGGAGAUUUUAAUCUUCCUGUUACUUAUGAUAGACCACCGCAUAAUUAUUCACUUGUACCACCAACUAAUCACGAUGUGAACAAUGUCAAAUGGGCUGAUAGUCAUAAACCAUUGUUUUCUUUAUCAAUUCGUCCAUGCUCAACAAUUCACUCAUUGGACGAACGAUUAGAAAACUUUUUCCAUAUGUAUAAUCAGUUACGCAAACAAGCUUAUGCCAAUCAUCAUCAUCACCAUCAUUCACAUUAUCAAAUAACAGAUAAAGAUUUUAAACAAGCAAUUAUGGAUACUGUUUGGGCUCAAGCAGAGAAACUCAUUCAGUUUCUGUACAUCCUUCUCGAUACGCUUCUUUCUCUAUUGGUUCGAGCACCAGUACUCAACGGACAUGUUUUGAAUAUCAAUCAAACAUGUUUUGAAACGUUAACAAAGAUUAUUCAACGUAUUCAACGCGAUCUUCUCGCUGAUCUGAAUGAUACGCAUGGACGGAAUCGUUUGUUAUUAACCUAUAUUCAUUAUGAGUGUACAUUACAUACACCGAAUGAAACAGGUGAAGUUCUUCUUUCGCAAUCUACAUCUACGACGAGUUUUUGUUUAGAUGUGAGUGCAAUCUCAUCGAAAUCAGCGAGUCUUCGUCCAAGUUCAUUGUAUUUCAACCGUCGUGUUCCACGAAGUACCUCGAAUCCUGAUUUACCCAGCCCAUCAUUAUCUCCUGAAGAUGAAAUGGCACUUGCAGCUGCAAAUGGAGGUUUGAUUUCUUCCAAUGUUUCAUCCGGAAAACAAUCGGUUGAAUCUGGUCAAGGAAUUAUUAAAGAUUCGGCUUAUUCAAGCAAAGCUGCCCAACAACGAAAAGUAAAGAUCGAUUUCCAUCCUUUACAUGAAGAAUUAUUAUUCCAAUGGGUUGUUUCAUCGGGUGCAACACGAGAUUUCGCCUUUGGAAAUAGUUGGUUCUUCUUCGAAUUAUUAAUUAAAACAAUGGGACAUUUCUUACAUACAACAAAUCGAUUUUCGAUUGAACGUCGUCAUCGAUUUUCGUAUCAAUUCUGUGACGAUAUCACCACAUUAUUACGUUUGAUUAUUCGUGAAUUACUCGAUCGCCAACAUCAUACUCAACGAAAUGGAAUUGACGGAAAACUCCAUUGCACACAAUUAAAUAGUUCAUUGGCAUUUUUUAUCAACGACUGUUUAUCACUAAUGGAUCGAGGAUUUGUAUUUAGUCUCAUCAAAAUCUACUGCAAAGAGUUCGAUUUGGAAAUCGCUCAUGGUCAACCUAAUGACACAUCGUAUUACGUUUCUCUAAAACUGGACUUCAUUCGCAUAAUUUGUUCUCAUGAACAUUAUGUGGCACUGAAUCUUCCCUUAUUACCAUGUGUACCACCUUCACCAUCACCAAGUAUUGGAAGUAUGCAGUCAUUCUCAUCGAAUAAUAACAAUAUAAAUACAAAUACCAAUGGAAAUUAUCAACGAACAAUUUCUAUCCAACAAACUGAUUUAACUUAUGAAUAUCGACAAGAACAUUAUCUUGUCGGAAUUAUUUUACAUGAUUUACAAAAUGUCUUAGCAAAUAAUACUCCAUGGCUUCACAGUCGUGCAAUAAAUAUUCUACGCAAUGUUUUAUCGUAUCAUGAUUUCGAUCAACGUUUAUUAAUUAAUGAUGAAAAAACGAAUCGAAAUCGCGUGGCGAGACUUUAUCUACCAUUACUUCAUAUCAUUUCCAAUAAUCUAAACAAACUCUUUGACCCAGGAAACGCCUCAUACGGUCAAUUAAAUCGUCCAAGUAUAACACCUUCCGAUGAUCUAUUUGCUGCAAAUGGUGACGAACUUGCUAUAGAAAACGAUGGAACACUUAAACGUAUAUCAUCCAUGACAACAUUCAGUGAAGAAACUUCUCGCGAUUUAUUGGUUUGUUUACUAUGGGUUUUGAAAAAUAGCGAUGCAUCUGUUCUUCGUCAUUGGUGGACUCAUAUGUCACGUGAUCAACUUCAACAUCUUAUUCAAUUGCUCGAUUUGUCAAUUGCAAGUUUUGAAUAUAAAGGAAAAAAACAAAUGAAACGCCAUCAUCGUAUUGGAGCUGGUGGACAUGCAUCAGUUCUUACUGCGAUCUCUUCGUGCGCGUCAACGAAGAAGACAUCGAUGAUAUCAGUUAAAAAUCAAUUAGAAAAAUCAAUUAUUGGAACGGAAAACGCACGAACGGAAAUGUUAAAUAGAAAUAAACAAAAAAAUCCUCUUCCAUCGAUUCAUGAACCAACCAAAACCGGAAAUAAUCUUCGAUGGAGAAAAGAUCAAACACAUUGGCGACAGGCCAAUGCCGAAAGAAGUGAAGAAGAUAUUGCUGUUGAUGCGCAUCUGGAAAGUAUUCUCGCAUCGGAAUGUACAAUGAUUGUUUUAGAUACGAUCGAAACGAUAAUUCAGGUUGUUCAAACAUCUGAUUGUCAUCAAAUACUUUUACCUGGUCUACUCAAAAUACUUUUACACACGUUCGCAUUGAAUCAAAGCACUUGGACAUUGCAAAAUCUCUUUUCACAUCAACGUUCAAUUGUGUACAAAUUUCCUGAACUUCUCUUCGAAGAAGAUACGGAACAUUGUGCUGAUUUAUGUUUACGUUUAUUAAAACAUUGUUCAUCAUGUUUAAGUACGAUUCGUUCUCAUGCGUCGGCAUCACUUUAUUUACUAAUGAGACAAAAUUUCGAAAUUGGAAAUAAUUUCUCGCGAGUGAAAAUGCAAGCGACAAUGUCUUUAUCAUGGCUAGUCGGUCAAUCCACAUCACAAUUCAACGAAAUCUUCUUAAGAAAAUCUUUACGAACGAUCUUAACAUAUGCGGAUGGCGAUACAGAUUUACAAGAAAGUGCAUUUCCAAGUCAAGUGAAGGAUUUAGCCACAAAUCUCUACAUGAUUCUUUGCGAUACGGCAAAAUUACGUGAAGCUAAAGACAAUCCAGAUAUGGAAAUUGAUCUUCUUCAUCGUAUUGCGAAUUGUUAUCAAAAUAGUCCAGAUCUUCGUCUUACUUGGCUACAAAACAUGGCUCAAAAACAUUUAGCGAUGAAUCAUUAUGCCGAAGCCGGAAUGUGUUUGGCACAUGCGGCAAGUCUUGUCGCUGAAUACCUUCGAAUGCUUGAAUCGAAACCUUAUAUGCCGAAUGGUUGUGUCACUUUACAAAAAAUCUCGAUGAAUCUAUUAGAAGAAAGUGCAGUUAGUGAUGAUGUUGUUUCACCAGGCGAUGAGGGUAUUUGUACCGGAAAAUAUUUUACGGAAAAUGGUUUUAUUGGUUUAAUGGAACAAGCAGCUGUAUUUCUUACUCAUGCACAUAUGUACGAAGCAGUUAAUGAUAUUUAUCAUGUUCUCACACCGAUCUAUGAAGCCAAUCGAGAUUUCAAAAAACUUUCACAAGUUCAUAGCAAAUUACACGAAUAUUUCAAUCGAAUAUUAAUUCAAGGAAAUAAGCGUCUAUUUGGUACUUAUUUUCGUGUGGGAUUCUAUGGAACAAAAUUCGAUGAACUUGAUGGUCAAGAAUUUAUUUAUAAAGAACCAGGAAUAACAAAAUUAGCCGAGAUAGCUUCUCGACUUGAAUCAUUCUAUAUUGAUAAAUUUGGUAAAUCUCAAGUUGAAAUGAUUAAAGAUUCCAAUGAUGUCAACCGUGCUUCGCUGGAUUUAGCCAAUAAGAAAGUGUAA